UAAUCUGUUAAACAAUUCCCGGGUUAAUAUUAACCCUCACCUUCUCAGAAACCAAACCCCCAAAAUCCAUUCUCUCUCUCUUUUUUCUCACUUUCCCCCAUCAAUGGAUUCCGAUUCCAAUUCCAAGAUUUUCAACCAAUCAUCAUUAUCAUCAUCUUCUUCAUCAAAUUCACAAACUUUACAAACACCCACAAAAACCUCACAAUCAAUUUCCAAUAUUUAUUACCACCCAUCACCAUCUCGCCCUAUUUACAGCGACCGGUUUAUCCCAUGCCGAUCAUCUUCCAAUUUUGCCCUUUUCAACAUCUCAACGCCGCCGGCGAAAGCCGUAGAAAAUGGCCGGUCCGGUGAAGAAUCUUCAUCUUCUGCUGCUUAUAAGUCCCUUUUGAGAACUGCAUUGUUUGGUUCGGAUCUGGGGUUUGCCCCACCAAGUACCCCUGAUAAGAAAUGCGGUUUUCCGGUUUCGAAUUCGGUUAAUCGGAAUAUUUUUCGGUUUAAAACUGAGACUAGACAGUCUAUGCAUUCUUUGUUUCCUUUGGGAUUUGAUGAUCAUUUUAUUCCUGGUGUUAGUCAAACUCCUGUCAAAGCUCCAAGAAAAGUUCCAAGAUCUCCUUAUAAGGUUUUGGAUGCACCAGCAUUGCAAGAUGAUUUUUAUUUAAAUCUUGUUGAUUGGUCUUCUCAGAAUGUGUUGGCUGUUGGAUUGGGGAAUUGUGUUUAUUUAUGGAAUGCUUGUAGUAGUAAGGUGACGAAAUUGUGUGAUCUGGGAAACGAUGAUAGUGUGUGUUCGGUUGGGUGGGCGCAACGGGGGACUAAUCUUGCUGUUGGGACUAGCAAUGGGAAAGUUCAGAUCUGGGAUGCCGCUCGUUGUAAGAGAGUAAGAACCAUGGAAGGACAUAGAUUACGUGUUGGAGCACUGGCUUGGAAUUCAUCUAUUUUAUCUUCAGGAAGUCGAGAUAAAAGUAUUCUUCAACGAGAUCCACGUGCACAAGAAGAUUUUGUUAGUAAGUUAAGCGGUCAUAAAUCAGAGGUCUGUGGACUCAAGUGGUCUUAUGAUAAUCGUGAAUUAGCAUCAGGUGGAAAUGAUAACAGGCUUUUAGUCUGGAACCUACAUUCAACACAACCUGUUUUAAAAUACUGUGAACAUACGGCUGCUGUGAAAGCAAUUGCCUGGUCGCCACAUCUUCAUGGACUCUUGGCAUCUGGUGGAGGUACUGCAGAUCGAUGCAUUCGCUUUUGGAACACAACCACCAAUUCUCAUCUGAGCUGCAUGGAUACUGGUAGCCAGGUAUGCAAUCUUGUGUGGUCAAAGAAUGUCAACGAACUUGUGAGCACCCAUGGAUAUUCCCAAAACCAGAUUAUUGUUUGGAGAUACCCUACAAUGUCAAAGCUGGCAACACUUACUGGGCACACUUACAGAGUCCUUUAUCUUGCAAUCUCACCCGAUGGGCAGACAAUUGUGACGGGAGCCGGAGAUGAAACACUUAGAUUUUGGAAUGUGUUUCCUUCGCCUAAAUCUCAGAAUACGGAGAGUGAAAUUGGUGCAUCAUCUUUUGGCAGAACGUACAUACGCUAAGCCCGUUUCACUUUUGCGGUUUUUGGGGUCACCACCGUACUCACAAAGCUCAUGAAAGAACAUAACUUGUUAUCAAGAACUUACGAUAUACUCAAGGAAAAAUGAGUACACAAGGUUUGAUCUGCUUGAUCAUGCCAUUGCAGAUGACAUGGAAGUCCACUUCUUGAAUGACUUCUAUCCUUGUUUCAUGUAAAUUGAUGUCUGAUGUAAAAUUCACAGCUGUGAAUAUAAAUUAACGAUGCUAUUAAGCUGAAACAUGAAAUUAGACUGGGUUACAAUUAGACUAGUUAGUGUCUAAAGCUGGCUCAGAAUGUUUGUCAUUUUAGGUGUCAAACAAGAACCACUGUAAAAAUGUGUGUCCAUGUUAACUAAAUCUUACACUUUUUUCACUUUUCGUGAAAAGAAUGUAUUCUUGCUUAUUUUACUUUAA